AUAGGCUGCAGUACGUAAAUAUCACCAAUCUAAGCGUAGGGCUGGGUGCAGAUUGCCUGCCCUUGGCGCAACAGUAACGUUAUCUUGUCUGCGUGCAAAACCAACCCGGCAGCUAGAGAUAGAAAUCAACACCACUUCCCCUCACAACUGAGUAGCCAGCUGUCUCCCAUUCAACUACUACUACAGCGACAAAAAGCCAGGCAUAAGUGGCACACGAUUAAACAUGAACUCGGACCCAUUCACUCCCAAAGAUGGCUACGGACAAGUGAUCUUUGCUGGAUACUUCCCCGAAUUUCCCAGAAUCAUCCGCCUCGAUGAGCACAGAGUACUGAAAUCCGCAACUCACUGACAGCUCUGAAACUGAAGCUAUGGAAUUCAUCGCUACCAACACCACAAUCCCAGUCCCAAAAGUCUACGAGACUAGAUGGUCCGGCAACAGAACCAGGCUUUCUCAAAUAGUCAUGGAAUAUAUACCUGGGGAAUCACUUGAUACAGCAUGGGGGAAGCUCACGCACGACCAGAGAAUGUCUGUCUGCCACCAACUCCGCGGCUAUCUCUCCCAGCUCCAAAACCUAACAAGCAAGACAAAACGCAUUGAGGCCGCGAAUGGUGGGCCAAUAACCGCUGGGCUUCGAUUUCCUCGUCGGGGUGGCCCCUUUGACUCUAAGAAAGAGCUUAAUGACUUCCUUGUUGAGAAAAAUGGUAAUGAAUAUCUGUUCGUCUUCAGGCGCUACGCGAGAGCCGCGAUGUCAGAUGACCAUGAAAUCCAUUUUGCGCACGGCGAUUUCUCGCCGCGCAAUAUCAUGGUUGAAAAUGGUAUGGUCAAGGCGGUUUUGGACUGAGAUAGAGCAGGUUGGUACCCUGAGUAUUGGGACCAGAAUAGGAUGCUUACUGAAAACCCUGGGAUAAAAGAUUAUAACCCCUAUCUCAAACAUAUUAUUCCCUUCAAGUACGCGCAGGAGAUUGUAACAAUGGGAUAUCUAUCGCACAUUUCAGGCGAUGGGUAGGCGAUGGAUGUGUUUUGAAUUUUCAGAUUUUUUUCGACGUCUUAUACGAAGUAUUGCCACUAGACUACAUGUAUUUAAAUGCUUUGUUUCAACAUGAAAAAUAGCCGGUUCAAGACAUGGGGAAGAGAGGGGAAGCAGUAAGAGCAGGCCGCUAUUAUGCUAACUAUAUCAAUGUGCCCCUUUUUUUUACCUCCAAACAUUUUACAGGCACACCCAUGAAACAUCAGAAAUCCGAAAUUUCAUUCCUAACAGCGCAAUGCAGCCUAGUAUCUGUUGUUUCCCCAUGUAACUCCUUGCAUGGUGGUAGGGAAGUGCUGGCAUGACUCGAUAUGUCAUCAACAUCAGCGCAAAGCGCUGUUUCACCCAUAAUUGUUUCAUCGCACGGAGACUUCCCAGCCAAACCUCAAUUAACAAGGCCAGGCUCCCAACAUCGUGUGGGGCCGUUGGAGAUCAACCUUUCAAUCCAGCAUCUUGGCUAUCUUGAGACACAUCGGCGCUCCCGAUUCCGCUCUUCCACCUGAGAUCAACAAGAAACGUUCCCCGGAAUAAGGCUGGCGCUUAUUUGGGAAACCGGUUGGAUGUUCUUUUGGACUGAUAACACUUCCUACCACUUUAUCAGUCCAUUGGAGAGCGCGAUAUCACUCUUGCUCGUUGUCUCUGCUUUCAUCUCCAUUUUUGUAACCUCCCCUGAAAUGGAAGAUAUCUUUAGACUUGGAAAUCCCUGGGCAAUCUGACCAGACUCGGAAACUAUUGGAUAUCAGUGUUCACCGUUGCUGGCCUAGAAUAAAAUAGAAAAAGACCUAGGCUCCGCUCGGUGGUAGCACCUUUCUAUUUUCCUUUUGCACAUAUCCAGAUGGGAGAAUGUAAAGAGACGCUUGUCCCUGCAUGAUGUUGUUCCAAAAACAGCCCUUGCAACCCAAGAACUCUCCGCCGUCAAGAAUUAGUCCUUUCGACUCGCUCAAUCACUACAUUCAGUCAGAACACCAUCCGCACUCCGCAAGAAAACUAUUUUCUCCGUAUCACCCACACUGUCCGUCCGUAGAAACAUCGGAAUGCCUGCUGCUUCUCCUUCUCAUCCUACUGUUACCAUUGUUACCAUCCAUGCCUAUCGCGGACCAUUGUAAUGUACACCGACGAGAAAUCCAGCUAUCACGCGUCCCUGUUUGUGAAUGAAGUCAACGAAAUACUAGGAACCCUCAUCCACGCCACAAAUUUCGACGACUCCUGGAAAGUUGAAAUGAGGCUAGGCUACAACCCCACCACACUCUCAACUUAGUCGGGAGGGUGCCAGUUUGUAGUCUACCCCUGCAUCCAGGUUUGGUUUUGGGGAUCCUUCAGCAAGUGCCCAUUGUAAAUGCCUUGGAAUGGAAUUGUCAACACUUGGGUGGGGAUGCGCUUCAGGCUAUGGUAACCCGUCGACUUAUCACUCAGCAAGUGAGGUCAGAUGUUGUCGAUCAGAUGGUGGAUUUUAUUCUUCAGGGGCCGGACGAUGCGAUUUAGAAGAGGGUGUUUAUUACUGCAAGGUUGAUAAACUAGAAUGAAUAGGUAUGUAUAUUAAGUAGGUAUACCUAUUGAAGGAGCAAAUCCUGUUGAAGGCCUAUAUAUGUUGAAGAAACGUAUUUAUUGAAGGAAGUUCUCUCAUGGUUUGCUCCUGUGCUUUGAUUUGCUUGGUGCACAAUCUCGUCUUUCUUCCCCCUUUGUCUAUUUUCUCCUUUUUGGCUUUUUUGUUUGAUCUUACUACGAAUUCAUUACUAUGGAACCGACAUCCAUGUAGUUAUAUAUUCAAGGCAUCUCUCCUUCUAAGAAAUAACUAAGAAAUAACUACGAUGUUAAAAUCGAUUCAACUCAUAAGGCAUGCACCUCACCACUUACA